AUGCAGCUUUAUCUCCCAGCUCUAAUAUUAUAUAUAAUUAAUAAUUUUGGUUUAGUAUUAUUACUUGUAGUAGUAGUGAAUAUUGAUGUUGUGAGUAGUUUGAGUCAUGAACAUCGAAUUUUAUUAAGAGAUUAUUCUUCAAAAGUAGUAACAAUAUCGAAGAUCAUCACUGUUAACAAGAAGGGUUCUGGGAAUUUCAACACUAUUCAAGCAGCCAUUGAUUCCAUUCCUUCUGGAAACACUCAAUGGAUAAAGAUCCAAAUUUCUCCAGCCACAUACACAAUAAUUUACAGAGAAAAGGUAAAUAUUCCUCGUGAGAAACCAUAUAUUUAUCUUGAAGGAAUUAACGGUCGUCAUGAGACAGUUAUCACAUUUAACGACCAUGAAAAAACAGAUGAAAGUGCUACAUUCUCCUCCUUCCCGGACAACAUUGUUGCCAAGGGCAUUUCAUUCGAGGUAAACUCAUACAACUUAAUGGGAAGUAAAAGUGAGGUAACACCAGCAUUGGCAGCAAGAAUAUAUGGUGACAAAUCGGCAUUUUUCGACUGUGGCUUCCGAGGAGUUCAAGACACGUUAUGGGACGUAACUGGUCGACAUUAUUUCAGUAACUGUUACAUCGAAGGAGCCGUAGAUUUUAUCUUUGGUUAUGCUCAAUCUUAUUACCAAAAUACAUUGAUAAAUGUGACAGUUGGAAAGAUGAUGGAAAAUGUUAAGUACAUAGGGUACAUAACAGCACAAGGAAGAGCAUCAGAGAAUGAUCCUGGUGGGUUUGUAUUUGAAGGAGGGUCUGUUGUAGGGAGUGGGCAAGUGUAUCUUGGUAGAGCUUAUGGUGCUUUUUCAAGAGUCAUAUUUCAUGCCACUAAUUUUGCUUCUAAUAUCAUUGUUCCACAAGGAUGGUAUGCUUGGUUUAACAAAGGCCAUGAGAAUACUUUUACAUAUGCUGAGGUUCAUUGUGAAGGAACUGGAUCAGACACAUCCAAUCGUGUUUCGUGGGAAAAAAAGCUUAGUCAAUCAGAGUUCAACACUACUUAUUCCAAAUCAGUAUUCAUUAAUCAAGAUAAUUGGAUGCAAACACUCCCUCAAUAGCU